GCACACGCGAUUGAAAUUGUAAUUGUUUUGCGUUUCUCAUGUAAUUUUAAAAUCCCUGGAAAUUGAAAACAGCACAAAAAUGUCGCGGCAAGCCUUAAGACUUGACGCAAAAAAAGUGCUGUAAGGUUAGCUUUGGCCCUAGACUAAGUACAACAACAAUACUGAAGAGCCACCCUCAAAAUCGGCUUCAUUCGCUUUUCCAGUAAGUGUGUGUGAGUGCACAAUAGUGCAACCUGCAUCAGACUAUGGAAAACCAUUUUCACAAUAACCGCACUGCAACCACGACAAGAAUGAACACCGCCGCAAACAGCAACAGCAACAACAGUCACAAUACAAACACGAACAAUGCGAAUGUUAACAGUGCCGCCUCAUCUGGAGUUAAUGCAGCACAGCCGCAGCCCAUACAGGUCAUUGGAAUGCCGCUCCUGCCAGCGGGUGCCGCACAAAUCAUCAUUGGCCAACAGCCCCAAGCGCAGACGGCCGCUGCGGGACUGCAGCCGCAACUGAUACCAUUGCAGGCAAAUCAAAUCAUGUUGCAAGCGCAGCAAGCACCACAGAUGCAAGUGAUGCAACUGCCCGAUGGGCAGACCAUAUUUUAUCAGACACCUACGAUUACUGCCCUCGAUCCAAAUGCGGCAGCAGCGGCGGCAGCAGCUGUGAGUGCGCCCACGCCUCACUAUCUUAACAUCAAUGGGCAAUUAGUGCAAAUUACUCCGGCACCAAGUGCCGGGCAAGCGACAACUCAAACAGCAUCUGCGGUGGGUCAACAGAUAAUUAUGGUUCCACAGACCGCAAUGGCGGCAGUGAAUGCUGCAGCAGUUGCUGCCAAUGCUGCCGCUAACAAUAGUAAUAAUGCGUCGUCCAAUAAUGUAAGCGCACAACAACAGCAGCAGGUACAGGCACAGACAGUGUCCGGAACAGGGACAUCCGCAUCGGCUGCUAGCAACGCUUCCAAUGAAGUGAGCACCAGCACAACGGGAACAAACACAAUUGAUACCGGCGAGGAUGAGAACUCCAAGGGUGAGCCCGACGAGGAGCCACUCUAUGUUAAUGCAAAACAGUACAAACGCAUACUAAUACGUCGAAAGGCGCGUGCCAAGCUAGAGUCACGCAUACCAAAGGAACGUUGCAAAUAUUUGCAUGAAUCUCGGCAUCGACACGCCAUGAAUCGCAUGCGCGGUGAAGGCGGUCGUUUUCAUUCGGCGCAGGAGAAAGGUGACCAAGCUGGACUGGAUGGCAGCAGCAUGCCCUUAGCGCCUAGUGGAGGUGCCACACUGAGUCGGGGCACGGCACGAGCACCGCCCAAGUUGAUAGCUCCACACCAGACGCCGAGCAUAACGAUAACGGCCAUAAAGGCGGAGUAGUUUGACAUUGGACGUUAAAAUGUGUAGAUUAUGAGAGUUGCGAAGUCAUGUUUUUAUAUUGGGCUUAUCCUAACAGAACCCAUCAUCUUCGUUUAAGUUAUAAUAAGAUACAGAUCACUAACUUAAAUAUAUUGUGUGUUGCUUGACAACUUAUAUUUAUACGAGCAUAUCUUAUGAUAAAUACUAAACGAGCAAAAUGCGGUUUGUGUAGAAAUGUAGCGCUCAAUAAGACCAAUAUAAGAACAAGACUUGAACAAAACUAGUGUAGAUAUUAUUUAUAUUAUAUUAUGCGCUAAUAUUAUUUAUUCGAGAUCUAAAAAAUGGCAGGCUUUGAUACAAAUUUUAUCAAUUGUAGAUUUAAUAGAUAAAACCUCUGAAAUUCGUUUAACACAGUUCAUAUGCGAACAGUUUAAAAAAUCGUUUCAUUGUCCAAAUGUACUACGAUGCCUGAAAGCCAUUAGCUCAAAUUGUAAAUAUAUAUAUUUUCGUUAAGCUUAGUAAUCCGACAAAUUCAUUUAUAAUUAAGAUACGGGGUUUUUAAAAUUUAAAAAACAUGAUUCUCGUUUCAUGACCGUUUAUAUGAAUAGACAAAAACUAAAUUGAUACCUUUGUAUGAAAGCUAAAUAGCGAUUGGACGAUCUGAAUUAAAUAAAACAUUGAUCAGCGAUCAAAGUGCUCUCUUGAAUUGCACAAACAAUAUCUGCAAUCAAAA